UAAUCGCCCCUUGGCACGCCAUGUAGCGUGCGAGCGUCCAGGCGUCGGAGUCACCGUUCGCCAAUAAAACGGGAGGCUGUGCGCUCUGCCGGUCUGUCCCAGGGCGAUGGAGGUGAAAGGCGAUGGGAGUGCAGAGGCUGACAAAGCCGAUUUCCAGGCGAGGGUGCAGGGGAUGUUGGAGAAAGCGAAGCAGCUAAAACCCGAGGAGCUGGUGUUCCGCUACAAGGGCGUUCUCUACCCCUCGGUGCUGAGCUCAGUCCAAACACUGCAGGCUCUGGGCAACUUCCAGGCUCGUCCCGAAGACCUGGUGAUCUCUUCCUACCCCAAAUGCGGAUUUAAUUGGGUGAAUCUGUUACUUAGGGAUAUUGCCUUUGUCAAUCAAAAUGAAUCUGAAGAUGGGAAACCUGGAGUUCGGAGUCAACUCAAGUUAUUGGAAUUUGAAAACGCUGGGAAAUAUGAGGGAAUGCAAAAUGAUCCAUCUCCUCGUAUUUAUGGCACGCAUAGUCAUUACAACAAUCUACCACCAUCUAUACAUGAGAAGAAAACAAAGAUACUGGUUGUAUUUCGCAAUCCCAAAGACAAUGCAGUGUCCUACUAUCACUUCUGUCAGAAUAAUCCUUUACUGCCCACCUAUUCAUCUUGGGAUGAGUUCUUCAGAAAGUACAUGACUGGAGAAGUUUGUUGGGGCUCCUACUUUGACCAUGCUCUUGUGUGGGAGAAACAUUUUGAUGAUGAGAAUGUGAAGAUUAUUACGUAUGAAGAGCUGAAAGAGGAUUUGGCGAAAGGGGUGCAGUCGAUAGCAGAAUUCUUCGGCCUGUCUCUGAGUGAGGAACAGAUUCAAAAGAUUGCCAGCAGAGCUACCUUCCAGGCCAUGAGUGACAACGCCCAGAAAACUCACUCCAGCAUCGGCAAGGUUAUCUUCCGAAAGGGUGUGGUUGGAGACUGGAAAUCCCUUUUCACUAAAGAGCAGAGUGAAGAGAUGGAUGCAAAGUUUGAAGCAUGUUUAGCAGGAACAAAAUUAGGAGCAAUGUUGAAGUAUGACCUCUACUGUCAGGAGUAAUUAACAACACGGAAUAUUGUGACAGACAAGGAAUACAUUCUGUUUGGAAAAGACAAGUGUUCAAAACUGUGAAUUCAAACAUCAAAACACCUCAAUUUAAAAACAGAAAAUGCAAAAAUAAACAACAGAUUACCAAUGAUAGCUAAAUGUUACAGCUUCAGAGCUAAAAUCUUCGAGGAGAAAGUGAGGACUGCAGAUGCUGGAGAUCAGAGCUGAAAAUGUGUUGCUGGAAAAGCGCAG